AUGGUCGCGCUCACCGCCAUGCUCGUACAGACAACUUUUUUUACGCAGGUCGGCGACCAUCUGCCCCGCACCUCGUACCUGAAGCUUAUAGACGUGUGGUGCGUGCUGUGCAUCGCCAUGCUCUUCUGCAUCAUCCUGUGCCUGGUCAUCAUCAACCAUCACGUCGUGCGAGCGGAACGGGCAAGCGUAAAGAAACGUCCAUCCCUACGAGACGAACCAAAGAAGAACGGUCGCAACAAGCGACUUAGUGGAAUAAAAACUAGAAAAUACAGCUCAGAGGUGCGAGACUUGGGUGAAGUGCUUGGCAGCCAGCAUGCACUCAAGGUCUGUUGGAGACACGACGACGUCAGCGACGUGCCAGGGGCAGGGAUGCGAGACGAGGAGUUCGAUGCUGGAGCCGCGAUGGCAUACAAGCUCAACCGCUUCGCCUGUUGGCUCUUUGUCGGCCUCAUGACAGCCCUCGUGAUGGGCUUCUCUGCUGUCGCUCUAAAUUGA